CGUAUGACAAAGGGUAAACAAGAAGGCGAGGGAAAGGGUGUCUCUCUACGGGGCUUCUGGCUCCUCCUGAGAAUUUGAAAGAAGACCCCUCUAGGACGGAAUCACGACCAGAACAAUUAAGACUCAGCCAUUGCUCCUGGGAGGAUGCCGUGACCCGGAUCGCUCCUUGCGGUGAUCAUUGAUCUGGGAUUCUUGAGGAAUCUGUUUGGGACAGGCUACACCAUAUUCCUGCCUUGGUCUCUGUCGGGAUGGUUUUUCUGUGGCUCCGGACGCCCUUCCUUUUCCUCUUCCACAUCCUGUUUGCAUCAGUCCAACUGUGCAAUGUCCCUCCAGGAAACAUUACGCUCAUCCAGGCGCUGAAUUCAGAGCUCCUAAAACUGGUGGAUGAUGCGUCCCAGGAACCGAACCCCAGCCUCUAUUUGGGCCUUCGACUUUCCAACGAGCACAACCUGGAGAAGGAAACGGAGUAUUUCACCCGACUGAUAAACGUCUUUCAGCCUCAAAGCAGCAGCCGUUGGAAACAGCCUGGGACGGGAGAGCUGGCGCUGUACCUCCUUGCGCUGCGGGCUGCUUGUCAUAACAUGGACACCUCAGAGGGGAACCGAGUGGUGACCCGGCUGAAGCUUCUCUUGAAUAGAGAAAUGAAGCAGAUCGAUCACAAGGGGAAAGGCCAGCUCAUCACCAACUACUACCAGUACAGCUUGGGGGUCCUGGCCUUGUGUGUUCACAGCAAGAGGACCGAUCCCGAGGUGAUCAGGAAGCUACUAUUGGCUGAACACCAUGGCAGGUUUUAUCACCACCAGACUCUCUCCAUAGACACGGAAGCCAUGGCCGGGCUGGCUUUUGUCUGCUUGGAACAGAUCCCCGGAUACUCCCAGAAACUCCAGGCCAGCGUGAGAAGGGCUGUGAAACGAGUGAAAGCAAAGAUCCUGAAAGCAGGGACGCCAGAGGGGGUUUAUGGGAACAUCUACAGCACCCCCCUGGCAAUGCAGUUUUUGAGUGCUGUCGGAAUGGGGCAGAGCCAGCAGGAGUACUCCAGAGGCCUGGGGGCCCUGAUGCAGAGCCUGGAGCAGGGAGACUUCCAAAAUAACCUUAUCCGGUCACAGCUGCUGCCUGCCUUGUACUGCAGGAGUUACGUGGACGUUGCCAGCAUGGUGUGCCAAACUCAGACAGAAAGUUCAGUCCCUGAUCUUUCCCUGCCGAAACCUUGCGGAAAUCCGAUACGGAAUAUUUCUGUCCGAUUAGAAGCAAGGAAAGCCUCUCAGUUGCUGUACCAGCAAGUGCUGGAAGUUCCUUUGGGCUCCACUCUUCUAGACGUGCUGGAAGCUGCAGCCAAAGAUGUUCACCAACCUCUCAGGUAUGAGACCCAGAAAACCCUCUCUGGCCCCAUGCUGGUCGGCGUGAUGGGGGAGAAGCCACAAAAAGGCGAACGCAAGUACUGGAGCAUUCUGCGGCAUCCUAACAGCAGCUUGGACCAAGGUGAGGAUUGGAUACUCACCAAUGUCAAAGUCAUCCCAGCUCGCAUCACGAGACGGUCCAGACUAGCCAAAUUGGAGUGA